AUCUGCCCGUACGACUGAGAAGUACGAGGGAAGAGGCGUCAUGAAUGUUUGAAAACUGACCCAGAUAAAACCGAAAACGACACUAAUAUCGGUCAGUUCAGUGUGACAUCGUCUGUGGAUAAAUCCGCCGGCAGUAUUCUUGAUCACUGCAUCUGUAGCCUGACUGUAGCUAAGGUAUCGGGCUAGGAAGGGAGUGCCUAUUGCACGAGUGGGUUUUUUCUUUUUUUUUUUCUGCACACUGAUCACUCGGUGCCGUUUCGAGCUACAGACGGACACGCGCUUUGCUGGUGCUCCACGCUAUCGUUAAUAAGAGUGUCUCAAGCGAAAAAUCAGUGGGUAUCCAGAAUUGUAAACAAAAGAACAUCACCACCCUGUACAAGGACCCUCACAGAGAAAAGGACAGACAGCAGACCUGGCCCUGGGAGAGAAGCCCUCACUCUGGGCCUGCCUGGAAGUGACCCCCCCUUCUCUCUGAUGCGGAGCUGGUCCCGGUGAGGACCGCGAGGCCCGGGAGGAAUGACGGUGCCGUCGGCUCAGGAGUUCCACUGGCAGAGCCUGGCGCGGCUCUCCAGCGGGCGCGUCUACCACUCCCUGGCGGAGGCCGGGGGACAGCUGUACACCAUCGGGGGGUGCGACGAGACGGGCCGGCCCAUCAGCGCGCUGGAGCUCUACUCCCCUGAGGUGGAUCAGUGGGUCACCCUGCCCCCGAUGCCCACCCCCAGGGCCGGUGCAGCCGUGGCAGUCCUGGGGAAGCAGCUGCUAGUGGUGGGGGGCGUUGGGAAGGACCAGCGCCCCCUGAAGGCUGUGGAGAUGUACAACACAGAGGAGGGAAAGUGGAGGAAGAGGAGUUCACUCAGAGAGGCUGCCAUGGGCAUCUCUAUCAUGGUGAAAGAUGGCAGGGCGCUUGCGGUGGGCGGCAUGGGGGCAGACCUUCUCCCCAGGAGUGUUCUGCAGCAGUAUGAUCCCCGCAAGGACAUGUGGGCCCUGCUUCCGCCCAUGCCGACGCCCCGUUACGACACCAGCGCCUGUCUCCUGGGCUCCAAGAUCUAUGUGGCAGGUGGGCGCCAGUGCAAGCACUCUGUCAAAACCUUUGAGGUCUUUGACAUAGACAGCCGCUCCUGGACAGUACUUCCCAGCUUGCCUUGCAAGAGGUCGUAUUCAGGUGUAACAUGGGAUUGCACAGGGCGUCUCCACUGGCUUGGUGGCCUCCGGCAAGGGGGCCUCCACCAACGUUCCAAAUUCACUAAGAAUGUCAACAUCUUCGACCCCCAUCAAGGGGCGUGGCUGAAGUCAGAGGACACGGUUGCCAUGAAGACCAAGCGGGCGGACUUUGCGUGCGCCUUCCUGCGUGGGAGGGUCAUCGUGGCUGGAGGCCUAGGUAACCAGCCGUCUGUAAUGGACUCUGUGGAGGCCUUUCACCCGGAUAAGAGGAAGUGGGAGAGACUUGCUCCCAUGGGCACGCCCCGUUGCUCAGCCCCCAGUAUUGUAAUCCGAGACCGCCUCCUUGUGGUGGGAGGGGUCAACCAAAUCCCCAGCUCUGCCCAUGAGAUUUUAUAUGUGAAGGAGGAGGAGAUUCUUUAGUCUCACCCAGUGGUCUUCCAGCAUUAACCUGAGGGACUUCUUACCUGAUUACCUUACGUGAAAUUUCUGUUUGUAUUUACAUGCACAAGAACAUGUAAGUGCACUGAUGGAUGUCACAACAGCAGUGCCAUUGGUGUUCUUAUCUAUUUAAUUUACUUAAUGGAAGGAAGAAAGUGAAGACAAUAAUCACCCAGUGUAAAAACUAGCAAUGAGAUUCUCUCUCCUACUCCAUGUAACAUACAAGACUGCUAGAUUGGUUCAAACAAAGGCACAGUGCUUAUUUUUCUGUGCCCGUAUGUUUUACUUACACAAGCAUAUACAGUAGAUCUAAAGGCACCAAGCCGUUGUUUCAGUAUCAAAAAAAUCAAAAUGCUCACAAGAUUUUCGGUAUGCGCAUGUGUAGCCAAAACUAGCCUUAUGUCACUUUAACAAUAUCUUAACAUGGAGAUAACCAUGAGUAAACAAAGAAUUAAAAUCCACAUUCAGAUGUGUGAGAUUGUCAGGUCUCUGCAUGAAACAUAAUCCCAAUUCAUGAGUCUGACACUCAACAUGUGUAAUGUGUCUGCACACACUUACACAGGUAGACACAAUGGGAGAGUGAACUCGUACGGUGAGAAUCAGUGCAAUGCCAUGUAUACACAUGCAAACAAGUUAGAAGGGCCAGCUAGCCAUAAUUGUCAAUAUAA